AUGAAAGGCUGGUCGAAGACGACGCGCAUCGGCGUCAUGAUGGCGCUCGACACCGUCUUUCUCGUCAUCGAGCUCGGCGUCGGGUACUACGUCUCCAGUUUGGCUCUGAUUGCAGACGCCUUCCACAUGCUCAACGACAUCAUCUCCCUCGCAGUCGGUCUCUGGGCCGUUACUCUCGCCCGCAAAGAGUCAAACGACCGCUACUCCUACGGCUGGCUUCGCGCUGAGAUUCUCGGUGCCUUCUUCAACGCGACUUUCCUCAUCGGCCUGUGCGUCACCAUUGUCCUCGAGGCCAUCCAACGCUUCUUCGAUCCUCCCGACAUCAGCAGCCCCGAGAUUGUGCUUAUUGUCGGCUGCUUCGGCCUCGUCUCCAACCUCGUUGGCUUCUGGGUGCUGGGCGGCCACGGCCACUCACACGGCCCUGGCGGUGACCUGGAGGCUGGCCACGAUCACGAGCACGGCCAUGCCCACGGCGAACACAGCCACGUGCACGACGAGCAGGGCCAGGAGGACGGCGUUGCCGCUGUCGAUGAUGAUGUCGACAGCUGCCCCGACGAGGAUGAAGAGGCCAAUGCGGAGACAUCGCCCCUGAGCCCUGACACGCGCCGCAUCGCCUUCUCUGCCCUCCACCACGCUCAUGAACGCUCCGACAGCCGCGGUUCGGCUCGUUCGCGAGGCACCGGUGGUGUGCGCGGCCGCGCCAACAGUGGCCGCCGCAUCAAGACCACCAUCAACGACAUCAGCAUCCACCCCGCCAGCUUCCGCAACGACAUCCGCGAAAUCAUUGCUGCGAGCCGGUCCCGCAACGUCGACGACGACGAAGUCUACUCGGACGACACCACAACGGUCGGUGACAACACCCCCGCCAACACGGGCAGCUCCUCCAAGGGCUCCAGGGGCACCAAGGCCACGGAGCGCACGCCUCUUAUUGGAGGAGACGAGAGCAACAGCUUCUUCAGCAAGAAGAGCUCAGCUGGUUCUGGCAAGUACGGCGGUGCUGCUGCGCCGGGCGACGGCCAAGACGAAGACCACGAUCUCGCCCACAGCCACGAUCAAGACGGCGCCCACGGCCACAACGACAACUACGCUCAUGCUCACCACCACGGUCGUCGCCGCGAUUCGCACGGUGGCCACCACCAUAACGAGCCGCGCGACCCGAGCAAGGCCGGCGGCCACAGUCACGGCGACAUGGGCAUGAACGCCAUGGUGCUUCACGUUAUCGGCGACGCUCUGGGCAACAUUGGCGUUAUUGUCACCGCUCUCGUCAUCUGGAAGACCACCUGGACCUACCGCAUGUACGCGGACCCUGUCGUUUCGCUCUUCAUCACGCUCAUCAUCCUCAAGUCCGCCAUCCCCCUGACCAAGGCCACCUCCAAGAUUCUCCUGCAAGCCACGCCCGACCACAUCAAUCUCAACGACAUUCGCGAAGAUAUCCAGGACCUCGACGACAUUCUCAGCUGCCACCACAUCCACGUCUGGCAGCUGUCCGAUACCCAGAUUGUCGCCUCGCUGCACAUUGAGGUCGCCUUUCCCAUUAGCGACAACGGCGGUGAGCGCUACAUGGGCCUGGCCCGUCGUGUGCGUAAGUGUCUACACGGCUAUGGCAUCCACAGCGCCACCAUCCAGCCCGAGUUCCGAGUCGGCCUGGGCGGCGCCCACGCUGGUGCCCAUGCUGUUUUUGGCGACCGUCUACCCACGUCAGCGCCCGCGCCCGCGACGACCUUCACGACGCCUGCCACUGCAACCACGUCCACGGCCAAGGCGGCCGGCAUCGAUGUUGCCGCCGGUGGCCCUAGCUGCUUGCUAGACUGUGUCGACGAUUGUGAAGCACAGGGCUGCUGUUCGGUCGCGUCACGCACCGGUUCCCGGACGGGCUCACCACCUGGCAGCAGUGCGAACAGCGAGCACGGCGGUCACGCCCACCCUCACUAA